AUGGAUAGUUUUAAUUGUUUAAGAAGUCGCGAGGGUAAAUUUUCGAUAGAUGACCACAUGAAACGUCAAGUGCAUUUGUCUAAGUCGAUCCGCACUUUGCUUGUGGACUGGAUUUUAGAAAUCCAGGAAACAUUCAAACUUAGUCAUGAAAUCUUAUAUGUGACGGUGAUGUUGGUGGAUGUGUUCUUAUGUGAAGUUGUUACUAAUAAGGAUAAGAUGCAAUUACUGGGAGCUCCUGCCCUACUUACAGCCAGCAAAUUUCAUGAGAAGUGUAAUUUGCGCACCAUUGGCUACGAUGUCGGCGUACUACUUUCUUAUUGCUGUUUGCAACGUUAUGCUGCGUGCGGGGAAAUCGCCGUGUCUGCUUUGACUUUAGCUCGAUACAUUCUCGAAUUAUUUUUGAUGGAUUACGACACCAUUACUUUUAGCUAUUCCACAACGGGUGCAGCCGCUUUAUUCGUUACUUCACGUAUGGUUGGCGAAAAACUAGGGUGGAAUAUUAAGAUAGCGUAUUUUGCAGAAAUUGUGACAAUGUUAAAUAAGGCGUUAGAUCGCAAAUUGGAAGACGGCAUGAAGACAAUACGUAACAAAAUUCAAAUAAAAAAUUUCAUUAGCUAG